AUGGAGCACCGCAUCCCGGCUCUUUUCCUCCUGCUGCUCCUUGCCGGGCCCCCAGCAGCAAGGCCCGCACCCCCGACCUGCUACUCCCGGAUGCUGGGCCUCAGCCGAGAGAUCACCGGGGACUUCCAGCUCCUGCAGGCUGCGGAGCCCGCGAAGGCCUGUGUGCGGUACCUGCCCCGCCUGUACCUGGACAUCCACAAUCACUGUGUGCUGGCCCAGCUGCGCGACUUCGUGGCCUCACCUCAAUGCUGGAAAGUGGCCCAGGUGGACUCCCUGAAGGACAAAGUGAGGAAGCUCUACACCAUCAUGAACUCCUUCUGCAGGCGGGACCUGGUCUUCCUGUCGGAUGACUGCAGUGCCUUGGAAUACCCAACCCCCGUGACCACCAGCCCUCCGGAUCGUCAGAGCUAAGGAUGCCAGGCCAGAGAACAACCCGGGAGGAUGGGGCUGUGCCGGCUGUGCCACCGCCCCACAGACCUCUCCCCCUGUUCCUGUAGUGUCCGAACCCAUCACAUGUCUCCCCCUUCUGGAAAGCAGGUUGGGGCUCCUACCCAGGAGCCGCGGCAGAGCACAGAGUUAGAAGCCAGCUUCGUUCUGUUGUGCCAGAGAAAAAGGCUCAGCAGCUUCUCUUUUGUGUACAAAUAACAACAAGUGAAUUAG